AUGAAUGAAAUGGAGCCAAUUCCAUCGUUGCAACAAGAAUUUUUGAAUAAAUUAAAAAGGGAACAAAGUUCUGAUGCACCCGACAGGAUGUCUAUCCCGCUUCCAUCAUACAAGGGAGCUGACGUAUUAUCACACGUCGAAAUGGUUAAAGACUUGACACUACGAGCAGAAUUGGAUCCAUCUUCCACUCUCCCAUCAAUUUGUUUUUAUACAUUUUUUAAUACUUACGAUAGCUUGAAUUGCUUAUCCAUAUCCGAAGACACAACUCUUAUCGCUGGGGGUUUUUCGGAUUCAUACGUUAAAAUCUAUAGUUUGAAACGCGAAAAGCUAAGAGGAUUACGAGGACUUAUAAACCCAGCUGAAAUGAAAACCGUCAGCGACCUUGAAAAUGCAAAAGAACGAGUUGGUAGUGAUUGUAAAAAACUUUUAGGACAUUCCGGGCCUGUAUUUGGAUUAAGUUUCAGUCCUGAUAAUAAAUAUAUUAUUUCAUGUUCGGAAGACAGGACUGCGCGACUUUGGAGUAUAGACUCAUAUACUAAUCUUGUAUGUUAUAGAGGUCACAAUUCCCCAGUAUGGGAUGUUGAUUUUAGUCCCUUGGGAUUAUAUUUUGUAACAGCCUCACAUGAUAGAACUGCUAGGCUUUGGAGUUGCGAUCAUAUUUAUCCUUUAAGGAUCUUUGCGGGACAUAUAUCAGAUGUUGAUACCGUCAAAUUUCAUCCAAACUCUAAAUACGUCAUCACUGGAUCUAGUGAUAAAUCAGCUCGUAUGUGGGAUAUUCAGGGAGGUGGUUGCGUUCGAUUAUUCUCUGGUCAUACUGGAGGAAUUUCAUGCUUAAGUAUAUCUGAUGAUGGACGCCUAAUGGCAUCAGCAGGCGAGGAUAAGUCUAUAAUGUUGUGGGAUCUUGGAACUGGAAAACUUCUCAAAAAAAUGGUGGGUCAUAAAUCUACUGUAUAUUCAUUAGAUUUUAGCAAAGAAAGCAGUAUUCUGGUAUCAGGCAGUGCGGAUGGUACCGUUCGCAUAUGGGAUGUGAAAAAAAGCAUGUCGGAUAAUUUGAAUGAAGAUGAACAUUAUUCGAGCAAAGCUAGAAUGGAUAUAGAUGAAAAUCGUUCACCGGUUACGAAGCAUAAAUCUAUAACUGAAACUAAGGAUCUUAUAAAGACAUUACCGACAAAGCAAACACCGAUUUACAAAAUUCAAUUUACCAGAAAAAAUUUAUGUCUUGCAGCUGGAGCUUAUAUGCCAACAGAAGAAGAGUUAAAAGGCAAUAAUGAACAAAAGAAUACUUAA